GCAGAGGCUGGGCGGGCCUCUCAGUGCCGCGCCCGCCGCCGGGCCCCACACUCAGCCCUGGGCUGCUGGGCCAGGUCGAGGCUUCUCGGCGGAUUUUAAUCUUUGUUCUCCCAGGUUUGCCUUCCCCUGGCUGGUGUCGUUCGCUCCCGCUGGGCUGGUUUCUCCUGAGGAGACUGUUUCCCAGGGCUCGAGUUGGGACUUUUGAUGAUGCAUGACCCAGCAACAGCCAUAGCAGGCGACGUGAUAUCAAAGCUGGGUUCAGCUCAUAUUGCUCCUUACCUGUAAUUGCCACUGAGUCCAGUCCGGACCAGGAAUUUCAAUCAUGUCUGUGAUGGUGGUAAGAAAGAAGGUGACGCGGAAGUGGGAGAAACUUCCAGGCAGGAAUACCUUCUGUUGUGAUGGCCGCGUCAUGAUGGCUCGGCAAAAGGGCAUCUUCUACUUGACCCUCUUCCUCAUCCUGGGCACCUGCACUCUCUUCUUCGCCUUUGAGUGCCGUUACCUGGCUGUCCAACUGUCUCCUGCCAUCCCAGUGUUUGCCGCCAUGCUCUUCCUUUUUUCCAUGGCGACGCUUCUGAGGACCAGCUUCAGUGACCCUGGAGUGAUUCCUCGGGCCCUACCAGAUGAAGCAGCAUUCAUAGAGAUGGAGAUAGAAGCUACCAAUGGUGCAGUGCCCCAGGGCCAGCGACCACCCCCUCGCAUCAAGAAUUUCCAGAUAAACAACCAGAUCGUGAAGUUGAAGUACUGCUAUACGUGCAAGAUCUUCCGGCCUCCUCGGGCCUCUCACUGCAGUAUCUGUGACAACUGUGUGGAGCGCUUUGACCAUCACUGCCCUUGGGUGGGAAAUUGUGUUGGGAAGAGGAACUACCGCUACUUCUACCUUUUCAUCCUUUCUCUCUCCCUCCUCACGAUCUAUGUCUUCGCCUUCAACAUUGUUUAUGUGGCUCUCAAAUCCUUGAAAAUUGGCUUUCUGGAGACAUUGAAAGAAACUCCUGGAACUGUUCUAGAAGUACUCAUUUGCUUCUUCACACUCUGGUCUGUUGUGGGACUGACUGGAUUUCACACUUUCCUCGUGGCUCUCAACCAGACAACCAAUGAAGACAUCAAAGGUUCGUGGACAGGGAAGAAUCGUGUCCAGAAUCCCUAUAGCCAUGGUAACAUUGUGAAGAACUGCUGCGAAGUGCUCUGUGGUCCCUUGCCCCCCAGUGUGCUGGAUCGGAGGGGUAUUUUGCCAUUGGAGGAGAGCGGAAGUCGACCUCCCAGUACUCAAGAGACCACUAGCAGCCUGUUGCCACAGAGCCCAGCUCCCACAGAACAUCUGAGCUCCACUGACAUGCCAGAGGACACCAGCAUCCCCGAAGAGAUGCCACCUCCAGAGCCCCCAGAGCCACCUCAGGAGGCCACUGACGCUGAGAAGUAGCCUCUCUGUGGAAGAGACUUUUGUGUUCAAUUAGGGCUGUGAGAUAUUUAAGGGGAGAAGAUAAACCUGAGACAGAGAGCAAGUCAGCUGUCCCUUGUACUGUUUUUCUUUGGUCUCUAUUACUCAAUUGCACACUGGCAUUUUCUUGCUGCGGGCUUUUUAUCUGUGGACUCAAGGCAGUCACAGAAGAUGCCAGUCACUUCCAGUAACUGGACAAAUAGGUCUUUGAGUACCUGGCACUGAUUAUUUUUUUUUCUCUGGCCAUGGAGUCUCCUUGGGCACCACCACCACCUCCCCCUUUUGCUCCAGAUCCCAGCUCUCCUGCUUGGGGGUCAUGAGUCCACUUCUGAGGUUCCAGUUUCUUGAUGGGCUCAGAUCCUCUCAAAACGCUGCAUGCCAUGAAUCCAGAGGCAGUCGUAGAGAACUCUGGCCAGCGAAUCCUCACUGAAAUUCUCGGGGGUCUCCAGAACGAAGAGAAUGGAGAGUGGGGUUGGAGGAUUGAUUCUCCUGGCUACGAAGUGCCAAGCUUGCCAGCACCUCCUUUCAGGAACAGAGUGUGUUACCAUCCACUCGUUGUAUUUAUUCAUGUAGUUUCUCCUAUGACCCCUUCCCCAUCACUCCGCUCUCUGAACAUCCACACCCUGCAUUUUUCCAAUUAGCUGUAUGUAAGUAGUGGCUGUAGAGGUAACGAUUUACGUUUCUCGUAGACUACCUGGACACUUUUUAAUGCCCGUGCCAUUCUCGGUAAGGAUUUGUGAAAUGCCAAUGGCAUAGCUCCUUCUCUCUCUCUCUCUCUCUCUCUCUCUCUGUCUCAUCUCAGUGCUCUCAUCAGCCCCUUUCAGUUUUUUCCUUUUGACUUCUGCUCCCAUUAGGAGCACGGAUGGCAGUAAUAAAAGUCUGCACUGUGGGGUUUCCUUUUCCUCAGAGGAAGCCCGAGUGCUCGCUGAAACACUACUCCCUCAGACGCCCUGUGUGAGGUCUGCAGAGGCCUUGAAUGCACAAAUGGGGAAACCAAGGCACAGAGAGGCUUUCCUCUCCUCUUUCCUCCCUUCCCCCCUCCAACAUCCCCUCAAGCAUAGGAACAACAAUAAACAUAUGUAUAUGUAUACGUAUAUGUAUAUGUACAUGUAUAUGUAUAUAUAUAUAUAUAUAUAUAUAUAUAUAUAUAUAUAUAUAUAUAUAUAUAAACCAGUACUUCCAAAGGCCUUGGCUGAGUGAGAAGGGAAAGCCCAGCACUGCUGCCCUCCCCCGGGUAACCCACUCCUAGGCCUUGGCCCACCUUGGGCUUGGUAACCACAUGGGGGGGAUAUCCUCCAAGCCUCGCUCUUCCAGCACUUCCACCGGCAGAGUCCCAGAGUCGCUUCACCCUGGGGGUGGGCUGUGCCUCCCCUACUCCAGUCAGCUCUGCUCAGGACCUGCUCUCUUUCAGGGAAGAAGAUUUACGUAUUACAUGUGGCUAGAUUUCUUAGAGCACUUGUGUUUUCCUCUUUCUAAGCCAGGGUCUGUCUGGAUGACUUACGGGGAGGGGGAGGGGGGACGUAAACCAGAACUUUUAAUCUAUUUGAAGGUGAUUAAACUGUGUCUAAUGCAAA